GGGGCGUUACCCACAUAUGCGGUCCUCUCCAAGGUUUCUCAUAGUCAUUCACCGACGUCCCACUGGGACGUCGAUGAAGAACAUCUUCCUCAUGAGCAGGAGGAGGAACCACAGUCUCCCCACAUACAUGAGGAAGAAGAGGUACCACAUUCCCAACAAAUUAAAGAGGGAGACGAGGCACCACAGACCCGUAGUGUUAAACUGACCCUUCACAUUAAAGGGCAAGCGGAGGACCCACUCAUCUUACACAUCAAAAAUGAGGAGGAGGACCCACUGACCCCUCACUUUACAGAGCAAGAAAACCCGCUGACCCCUCACAUUACAAAGGAAGAGGAGGACCCGUCGACCCCAUACUUUAAAGAGGAAGAGGAGGACCAAGAGCCACCGCACAUUAAAGAGGAAGAGGAGGAACACGGCAUCAGUCAGCCUAAAUGGUUGGAGGAGUUCCCAGUGAUUAGAGUUAUUGUGAAGGGUGAAGAUGAUGAGGUCAAAGGUGAAAGUGAGGAGAAGAGAGAGGCGGAGCCUCCAAGCAGCAGCUCAACACAACACAUGACAACAGAAGCUGAUGGAGACCACUGUGGAGGAUCACAAGCAGACAAGCUCUUAGCUCCACUAUCAGAUAGUGAGGACACAACGUCACACUCUCCUGACACUGAUGAUGAAGACUCUACAGAUGAUAAGACAUGUCACACUGACAACACCCACUUGAAAUGUUCUCACUGUGACAAAACCUUUAAAUACAAUUAUCUUCUGAAAACCCACGUGAGAACACACACUGGAGAAAACCCUUUUACCUGCUCAGUGUGUGGUAAAGGUUUUACAAAAAGUCACAAUUUGAAAGUGCACAUGAGAACACACACUGGUGAAAAACCUUUUUCCUGUUCAACCUGUGGUAAAGGUUUUACACAAAGUCAGAGUUUGAAAGAACACGUGACAAUACACAGUGGAGAAAAAACUUUUUCCUGUUCAAUUUGUGGUAAAGAUUUUGUACAUCGACAGUCUGUAAAAGUGCACAUGAGAACGCACACUGGUGUAAAACCUUUUUCCUGUUCAACCUGUGGUAAAGGUUUUACACAAAGUCAAUAUUUGAAAACACACAUGAGAACGCACACUGGCGAAAAACCUUUUUCCUGCUCAAUCUGUGGUAAAGGUUUUACAGAAAGUCAACAUUUGAAAAGACACACUAGAACACACACUGGUGAGAAAUCACAUUCCUGUUCAAUCUGCAACAGAAGCUUUUGUGAACGACCAAACCUUGUAAGACACAUGAGAACACACACAGGAGAGAAAGUGUUGAGUUGCAGUGUGUGUGGUGAAAGAUUCUCUUAUAAGUACCAGUGUAAGAAACACAAGUGUGCUGGUGAGAACAGCAGCAGCAAAUGAAACUGCAGGAUUUGAAAUAAACUUUCAAGACUUUAAUUUAGACGUCCUUACAACAUCAGCACAUAUAACAUGUGUGACAUUGUUGUUUGUGUAACAAUCUUUUUAGUAUACUUCUACUUUUAUAGAUUAGAUAGUUUAAAAUAUUUAAGUAUUGUAUAUUUGUAUUUCUAAUUGUUAAUGAUCCCAUACAUUAGCACCUUUAUAUGAUAUACAUAUGUACUGGUUCACAUCUGAAACAUCUUCUGGACCACUUCAGGAAGCAUAUUAAUAUUUACUUUAUACAUCAUUGGAACAGUUGUCUUUUAUACAACUUUAAAAUGUGUGAAUUUAUAAAUCAUUUGUUGGGUCUCUAUAAUCAAUGUUAUUAAUGACCUUUAUUACUCUCUUUUGUAAUAUGAUGAUUGUGUUGUGAUUGUUGUAUACAGGGGCGCCGCUAGGGAUUUUGGGCCCCAUGAAAAUAAUCUUUACAGGGCCCCCUGUAUUAUAAUUUCAUCAUCAUUAGGGGCCUCUCUGGGCCCCCCUCCAUCAUGGGCCCCUAGAAUCCGUCUCCUUUACCCCCCCUUUUUGGCGCCCCUGGUUGUAUAUGUAUGUACCCAGACCUUUAUGCAAUAUAAAAGUAAGAGAAAAUGGCUGAAUUGUUUGUAGAAGGAUGUUUUGUUUUUAAACUUUGUGGAUAAAACAAAAAUUCCCAUUACUGGGUUUUAGACAUUUUUAAUGUAUGUUUUCUUUUUAAACAUCCCAAAACAAUAUCAAUAUCAAUCAAAGUUUGGAGUGUCAGGCAAAAGCCAAUAUUGUACAUCAUCCCACAGAGAUUUACUUUGCAUACAUUCAUAAAAUAAACUGUUUAUUUUGUUUCCCUAUCACAGAACGAACAAGUGUUGUCUUCAAUUGCAAAACAACAUCCUAAGAAAUAUUUGAAGUGGUCAAUUUGUUUUUGUUUUCUUAAAUGAUCUACUUUGCCUUUGAAAGAAUGGAAACUUUCAAGUUAUGAGUAUUUGUUUUUGUUCCAGAGAAAAUACAG